UCCAGUCUCUUCGACAACAAAUUCCUCUCAGAUGUCACCAUCAAAUUCGGUGGUCAGCAGCUUUCCUGCCACAAGGUAGUUCUUGCACGCAAAUCUGAAUACUUCUACAGAGCAUUCUCCAGCCAAUUCUCAGUUGCCUGGAGUAACGAGGUUGACCUCGGUGACGACGAAGACCUUGAAGCCAUCCGCGCUAUGUUUCGCCACAUGUACGAUCUUCCAUACGUUCAGAUACGUCUCUUUACAGAUACCGAUAGCACCAACGAGGAUCUUCUGUUCCAUAUCGGAAUCUUCACAGCCGCCGACAAGUAUGAUGUCGCCACUCUUCGCCCACUGGUCGUCAAAAAGUUCAAAGCCCUCAUGGAAACCAACUGGGAAAGCGAAAGCUUUGCAACCAGCAUCCAGAAAUUUACCGGUCCUUCGGCUGGCCAUCUCGCAGAUAACACGCUCCAGACCGCCGCAGCUGCUUUCUGUGCCGAGAAGCUCCCUCAACUUAUCAAGAGUGACGCGUUUGUCAAGAUGAUCCAGGAGGAAGAGCCUUUCACAGGUCGUCUCCUUACAGGUUUCUUGGAAGGUGGCAAUGGAGAUUAUAUUAUUCAGCUGAAGACAUGCAAGAAGUCGGACUGCCGUAACACAGAUCCGUCGACGGCCAAGGACUUCUCUUGUCCUCACUGUGUCGUGUGCGGCAUCAGUGGAAGCACUGGCGUUCAUACCGGAAUCGGCUACGAGUAUGGACUUGUCGACUACAAAAAGGCUCGUCUUCUGUAG